AUGCCGCACCCGCACGAGAUGCGGCGGCAGGAGGCCGUGGAGGCGCUGGCGUUCGAUUUCGCGCGCGCCGGCCGCCCGCGCUUCCAGACCAACAAGAUCUGCGACAAUUGCGGGACGCGGAUUUACGAGCGGGUCUAUUUCCACUGCUCGGAGGGGUGCGACAUAGACUUCUGCCAGGAUUGCCACCAGAAGUCCCAGGAGGUGCUGGACGCAUGCCUCUCCCGCUCUGGCGACCCAGACCGCGAGAGCAUGCACGCGCGGCUUUGGUGGGUGAUAGACACGGUGGAGCGCAUCGGCGGCUUCGUGCUCCACACGUCGGCGGCCGCGCGCGGCGCGCUGGCGCGCGAGCUGGCCUUCGAGUGGUCCACGGAGAUGUUCGAGCAGCUGGUGCAGGCCGCGGUGGACGUGGUGAACGCCAAGGUGGUGCACGUGCAGGACGUGAAGGACGGGGACAUAAAGUCCGACGAGCGUUUCUGGCACGCCGUGGGCUGGCUGCAGUUCUUGUACUCGGCGAACUCGCUGCCCUGUGAGACCCACAAGCUCGACGAGCAGGGCACCCGCGGUCCCAAGGUGGAGUACGAGCGCUUCAUCUUGGAGGGCAUAAACAAGUGUGAGCCGAUCUCCGAGUUCAAGCGGUGGCAGCAUCACCAGAGCGCGAAAGUCCCAGGAACGUGCUCGCCGUGGAGCGCUUCCGGCCCGAGGGCCACUUCUGCUCUUUCCUGA